AUGACGGCCAUCCAUGUGCGCUGCAGAUUGUGUGUAUGCGGGUACCAGAAGGACCCGCAUCGCAGCUUUGAUCCCAGGGCAACACAGAGCUCUGGUAAUGUACCUCACCUGAGGCCCCCCGGGAGGUACGGUACGUACGGGGGUGUACGGAGGGGUGUACGGGGGCAUGGGAUGACGCCGAGCAUACCUAGCACAAUAUAUCGAGAGGUCCAUUCCACUUGGGAGGUAUUUCUUUCUGGGUUCCGCCUCUCCCUCGAUCCCACAAACUUUUUUCCCCUCCCUCACACACACCCAAACCGCCAACCUUCGUUUCCACCACCACCACCACCGCAAGGGCCGAGUGUCAAACCACCACUUCAAACUUCAGGAAAUCUCUACAGCGAGGCGACGCAUCUUUCUGAUCAUUCUAUUCGCCUGGUCCCGACUCAAAUCAUCGCAAGGAUGAAGUUCCACGUGAUCACCCUGCUCGCAGCCAUCUUGGGUCCGGCCGUGGUGGUGGCCCAAGGCGUUACCGAGAAGAUUGCGCCGACCGCCACUGGUGCCGCUGGCUGCGAGCCCACCAUCGAUGGUAAAUUCGAGAUCGCCGUCGUGGAUGCGGGUAGUGUCCAGAAGCGCGACUUUAUCGAACACAAGAAGCGCACCGCUUGCACUGGCAACGGUGUCCUGCUUGCCGAACUCAACGAUGGAGUCAUUACCGAUUCCGCCGGUCGCACUGGCUACAUCGCCAGCAACUAUCAGUUUCAGUUUGACGACCCCCCCCAGGCAGGUGCCAUCUACACGGCUGGUUUCUCCCACUGUCCCAACGGCUCCUUGGCUUUGGGUGACUCCGCUGUUUGGUACCAGUGCCGCUCUGGCAACUUUUACAACCUGUACGAUCGUUACUGGGCCGAGCAAUGCUCUCCAGUUGAGAUUCUGGUUUUGCCCUGCGGUGGUGCCGGCGCUGUCGACAAUGGCCAGCGCACAGUCGGCACCGAGAUGGCCACCACCACCGUGGUGAUCCCCUUGGCGGAUGGGCAGCCUCAGGUUGUCACGACCACUGUGCCAAUCCCGAUUUGUCAAAUCGGCGAUGGCCAGAUUCAGGGCCAUACCACGCCCUGCGCGGCACUGACGGUUCCUCCCUCUUCGGCCGCAUCUGUCAACAUCCCACCUGUCUCUCAGUUCUCGGAUGGACAGAUCCAAGUUACGCAGAAGCCCUCUCCCACGCCUUCUGCGGCUGGUGGCCCUCUCCCGCCAACGAGCAACGAGACCCUCCAAACCCCCGGCGUUGUUCCCACAGAGCCAGCCGUCGUCCCCACUAGAGCUCCGGGCAUCAACUCUGCCGGCAGAUUGCAAGUGGCCUCCGCCCUUUUGGUCGGAGUCGUCGGCAUCUUCUGCCUUCUCUAACCGCCUUCCACCGCCAGCCUAACCGGCAACUCAUCUCUACCAGACCAUCUUUUUCACGAACCCUGACCGCCUCUACAUUGUUAAUUCUUUUUCUUUUCUUCGGGCAAGGCGCGUUGUUUUCUCGCCUUUUAAUGGGUCAUCAAAAAGCGGGGGGAUCUGGGGGAAAGGGGAAUCAUGGGCACGAUAAUGAUGAAAGCUAGGGGAGGCAAGCUAACACGAAGAUUUCACUUGUGUUUACUUUUGAGGUGGGUGGCAAUUUGAGGUCGUUUUCUUCUUUCCAGCUUUGUUCUCGGGAUUUCUUUUGCAGUUCAUGAUGACAUGCGGGGACAAGAUACAUGGGACGUAAUCAGGGGGAGGUGAUAAUUACAUAGCUCUCUAUUACUGCGGCGAUCUUCUUUUUCGACGCUUCGUCUUUUUUGUAAGUAGAUGGGCUCUCGAGAGAGGAGGGCAAGCUUUAUACAAUGGGAGAAAGAUAUCUCAAUAACUCUGG